AUGGCAACUGCAACAGAAACAAAAGAUUGCGGUACGACGACAAUCAUUACAACCGAAACUGAUCAACCGGUUCGAGCUCAUUCUCCAACUCUCAUCCUUGAAUUACAUCGCACAACUGAUCCUGGACCACGUGUUCGGUGGGCUGAAGAAACCAUUGAUAAUGAAUUUAUGAAUAAGAAAAAGUCGAAAUGUUGUUGUGUCUAUACCAAACCACAUAAUCCUGAAUUGGAUGACGACAAAAACACGGAAGCGGACGAAUUCGAUCAUUGCGACCAUUGUCGAUAUCACACUCAAUCUGAUUAUGCAGCUAAACCAGACGAACGGCAACCUAAAGUUAAACUAGUUGUCGGCGAACCGAAAUCUUCCUAA